ACAGCGGCCGCAGUGCCUGUGAGCCUUUCUGGAGCAGAAGUUCUCCUCACAGAGAGAGAGAGAGCAGCAGACAGCGGGCACCAUGGAGCCCCCCUCAGGCCCUGCCCGCAGACGGUGCGCCCCCUGCAACAGGCUCCUGCUGGCAGCCUCACUCUUAACUUUCUGGCCCCCGCCCACCACUACCCAGCUCACUAUUGAAACGGUACCACCCCUUGCUGCAGAAGGAUCCAAUGUCCUGCUACUUGCCCACAACGUAACAGAGAAAACUCUAUGCUAUUUCUGGUACAGAGGAGAAAGGGUAGAAACCAUCCAGCUAAUUGCAUCACACGGAGUAGCCACUAAUUUAAUUACCAAUGGGCCUGCACACAGUGGUCAGGAGACACUUUACCCCAAUGGAACCCUGCUGAUCCAGAACAUCACCCAGAAAGACACAGGAUCCUACACCCUGCUCAUUUUAAAGUUUGAUUUACAGACAGAAAGACAGACUGGACACCUCCACGUACACCACCCAGUGGCACGGCCCUCCCUCCAAGCCAGCAACACCACAGUCGCAGAACAUGAGGGUCCCGUGGUCCUGACCUGCCUCACAGAUGAGACUGGGGUCUCCAUACGCUGGUUCUUCGAAGGCCAGAGUCUCCUCCUCACAAGGGGGAUGACACUGUCCCUGGACAAUAGCACCCUCACCAUAGACCCCGUCAGCAGAAAAGACAAUGGGGAUUAUCAAUGUGAGGUCUCCAACAGGGGCAACUCCAGCAAAAGUGACCCCCUCAGGCUGCAUGUGAAAUAUAAGCCGACACCCGAAAGUUCCUCUGACCUCUCACCUGGUGCCAUUGUCGGCAUCGUGAUUGGAGGUGUGGCUGGGGUGGCUGCUCUGAUAGCAGCCCUGGUGUAUCUUCUGUACAUCAGAGAAACUAGAUGGGCAACUGACCAGCGCGAUCUCACAGAGCACAAAUCCUCAGAUCACAACCACAGUCAAGUCACUCUGACAAUUCACCUGAAAAGGUUAAUGAAGUUGAAUAUUCCUCCGUGAACUUCAAUGCCCAGGAAUUAAAAAAGGAAGCAACUUCAGCCUCCCCAUCUCCAACACACACAGAAACCAUUCAGAAGUGAAAAAAAACAGUAAUGGAACCUGUCCUGCUUGUUGCACUGUUGACUUAUUCCAAGCGUCUCACCCCCAUCCCCAGGGUAUCCCUCUGCCCUCAGGGAAAAUGAGGAGAGAGUCUUCCCCCAGCUCCUUCGACCCCUAAUGAGGCUCCUCCAGGCUGCCUGGUCACAGCCCCUUCCUUCAGUGUCAGUGGAUGAAAAGGCACAUCCACGAGGAGAUCUGUAGGAAACCAAAACUUCCUCGUCAUUGAAAUCUAGCAAAGCGGACCCUGGGAGAAAGUUGCCAGAACCUCUGCCUCUCCCCAUUUGCUGACCUAGACCAGUUGUAAACUUGUGUAUUCAGAACACAUUCAUUCCUUCCCACCUCAGUCCUAUUGGAGUCUAACAUGAAUUUGCCAUAACCUGGAGAAUGAUUUCUUAUCCACUGAAAUGCCUGUGCCAGAAAAGAAGAGCAAGGAGAAGGAAAACGAAGAGCUUCUGCACUCUGAAGCCCAGUGUGAAUCCACCAUUCACAGGAAGACACAUACAUGACCAGCUCUGAGCUGGGAAGUUCUACACCUUUGUCCGCUUUCAGGGUUGUCUACCUGCAGGAUCAGGGACUAAACAACUUACUACUUAGCUAGAAUACCAUCUAAACCUUUGAAAGCAUGCCUUCAGAGAACCCACUAGAAGCAACUUGAAAACAACUUCUCAGCAUUCAUAAGUGUAUCUUGAUGGAAACUGCAAAAACAAACAAACAAAAAAACCGCACAUACUGUUUUAAUAAUACUGUGGGCUUUAUUCAAGGCAAUGCCCGGAGACUGAGGGGUCAUCAGUUUAUGGGGCAGUCAGCUCUUACCAGAUACAAUCUGCUGGGAUUGGGGAAAGGACUCAGAAAGUCACCCUGCAGAGAUUAUUUAAAUAAUGGUCAAAGAAUGUACAAUUUGGGGGUAUUGGUUGUUUUUUCCUUUCCUUCUGAGACAUUCUGCCACUUUAAUUUUUGUAACUGCUUGUUUAUGUGAAAGGGGUUCUGUUUAAUUUGCUGCAUAAGCCAAUCUGACCACUUCAGGGGGAAGAACCUACCAAAGCCCCUCAUGUCCCUCUGGCCAUGAGCUCCCUAAGCCUUUUGUGUCAGGGGCUCCGCACAGAAAAUAAGAAGUAGCAGUUAUCUACCUCCAUGGCCAGAAAUGGGUCUCACUCCGUUUCUAGGCAUCUCAGGCCAGUCAUCAACUGCCUUCUCUUCCGUGUUCCCGCCUGUGCCUGUUCUGUCUGUCUGCCCCGCUUACCUUCUCAGGAGCCUUCUUGAGAAGCAGGAGCGCCCUGAAGGGAACACGGCCCCUUGCGCUGUUAGUAUUGUUUACAGCCCAGGAGGCUGCACUGGUGCGCACGCUCCUUAGGACACAAGGUGCAGAUUAUGACUCAGCCCUGGGUUUCUUGAAGAGCCUCUGGAAUUCUUCUCCCAUGGGGUGCACGGGACCCAAUGUGUCGGCAGAGAAAGGGAGGAUGGGAGGAGGAGAGGUGCACCUGCUUCUCACCAGCCUUCUGCACAGACGGGGCCUCCUUGGGCUGCUGAGAGAAAGGCUUCAUUCCACCUUCUUGACGGACCUCCUGCUGUGUGGAACUGGCCCCCGAGAGGGGUGGCUGGGAGUGCUCUGUACUCAGGUACCUCUUUCAGGGUUUCCUCACCCUGAUACAGACUGUGUACACCUCCCCUCAUGCAAGCACUUCUGCAUAAUUUAAUUUUGCCUGGCUGAGGCCACUUCUGAAUGAUUUGUAAAAAUUGCUCUAUAUUUAUAAUAAAUAUUGUGUAUCAGAUAUCAA